UGCUAGGAUCUGGCAGGACCCCGCCGUUGCCCUGCGUUCCCUCUCUAGCUGGCUUGCGCUUCCGCACUCGUGUAGAGCGACGGUGGCCGCGGUGGGUCAAGGCGGCGGUGCUGGGUUUGAUUAGCCUUCCGUGGAGGUGGCUGGGUUGCCAUCAUGGAGACGCUUUACCGGGUGCCGUUCGCGGUGCUCCAGUGCCCCAACAUCAAGCUGAAGCGGCCAAGCUGGGUGCACACGCCCUCGGCUAUGACCGUCUACGCGCUGGUAGUGGUGUCCUACUUCCUCAUCACCGGAGGAAUAAUCUAUGAUGUGAUUGUAGAACCUCCCAGUGUUGGGUCUAUGACCGAUGAACAUGGACAUCAGAGACCAGUGGCCUUCUUGGCAUACAGAGUAAAUGGACAGUAUAUUAUGGAAGGACUCGCAUCCAGCUUCCUCUUCACAAUGGGAGGCUUAGGCUUCAUAAUUCUGGACCGAUCCAAUGCACCAAAUAUCCCAAAGCUCAAUAGAUUUCUGUUGCUUUUUAUUGGAUUUGUCAGCGUGCUGUUGAGCUUCUUCAUGGCAAGAGUUUUCAUGCGGAUGAAAUUGCCGGGAUACUUGAUGGGUUAGUGCCUUGUGUGAUAUAUGCAAGCACAAAAUGGAUUUGCUUCUCUUCAUGAAGAGCUUAAAAACAAGCAAUCUAUUAAAAAAAAAAAAUUAUACUGUCCCCUACAAGAAGACACAAGAAAGGUCUAGUUAUGCGAAUCAGCAAGUGCAAGAAGUGCUUCCAACUGUCUCCUUUCAUUAUUAAAAACCGUCAUUACCAGUAGUUGGUGUAUUUUUAAAACAGUGUUUUAUCACUUGUCUGUUUCUAUCUUUAAAAAAGAAAAAGUUACUGAACUGUUACUUAGCUUUAGGUAUGAAUUUGUAUCUUGAAACAAUUCACUAUAAAAUGUAAAACUGGUAUUUUUCCCCUCCGCAUUUUUUCCCUUAACCUGACUGUGAGGUAUUGGACAGAUGUUUUACAAUUCCUGAUUUUAAAGUGUGCAGCACUCUGGCCUUUUUUCUGUGGCCUGCCCCGUACCAAGUUUAUACCUGGAGAGAAGUCUUUUGGUGAUACUUUACUAUCAAACACACUGUGUCUAGGGAAAUUAUUUCUAAGGCACCUGUUGCCUUGAUGUUCAUGGCAACGCAUUAACAAAUCCAGAUGGACAGUGGAUACAACACUGUGUGAGUGUAUUUCUUUUUGGAACAGUGUAUGAAAGGAGCCAAAUUAAACAUGUUUUCUACUAAA